AAUGUGCACGUUAUAUACCAACUAAUGAAGUUUAUUUAUAUAAAGAAUAUCCACUUGAAAUUCUUCGUCAACGUUUAGAACCAUAUCAACGUUUAACAACAAUAUUACUUACAUCAACUAAAAAUAAACAAUUAAUAAGAUCAAUGUCAAUACAACAAUUAGCUGCUAAAUAUCAUUUACAUUUUUUUCAUGAUAUUUUAUCACUUGAACGAACAGCUAUUGUUUUAUAUCCAAAUUAUUCAAAUAAUUUACAUACAUAUAUUACAGAAAAACAUCGUUUAAAUGAACAUGAAACACGAAAUUUAUUUACACAAAUUGUACGUGCUGUACAUAUGUGUCAUCAAGUUGGUUUAAUUAUACGUGAUUUAAAAUUACGAAAAAUUAUAUUUAAUAAUAAUAUACAUACACAUUUACUUUUAACUGGACUUGAUGAAGCAAUUAUGCUUCCAAAUUCAACAUCAACAAAUGAUUUUGUUUCUUCACGUUUUUCGUGUCCGGUAUAUGCAUGUCCUGAAAUUGUUCUCAAUAGACAAAUGUAUUCAGGAAAAUUUGCUGAUUCAUGGAGUCUUGGUAUCAUAUUGUAUACGAUGCUUUUUGGUCGUUAUCCAUUUUGUGAUCGAACUCUAGUAGGUUUAUUUAUCAAAAUUGGUCGAUGUCGUCCUGAAAUACCUCGAACAAUAUCAAUUAAAGCACGUUCAUUACUUCGUUCUUUAAUUCGAGUUAAACCUGAUGAACGUCUUUUAGCACAAGAUAUACUCGGACAUGUUUGGUUUAGUGGUGAUCGAGAUACAUCAACAAUAUCAAUGAAUACAUCAUUAAUAAAUGAUGAAUCAUUAUUAUUUAAUAGCAGCAAUAUUUAUACGAAUAACAGUAAUGAAACGAUAAUAAAAGAAGAUGCUGUUGUACCGAAUUUUGAAUGUGAAUAG